AUGUUUCUGUGGCCUGAAGGUUAUAAUCGUCAACCGUAAAAUCCAUUAAAGUAACUGAUUGAGAAGACUCAAGGAGAUAUUUUGCUAUUGUUGGAGGAGGAUUUAUUUGUAAAAUAGGCAAAGUUGGGAGAUUCAUUAGCUGUUGAUACUCUAGUAAAAGGUACAACUGGCUUGCUAGAAGUGAUGUUCAUGGAUUAUCAGUUUGUUUUAAGUGAACAUUUUGAGUAGUUAACUAACUAGUAUGCCAUAAUGUGGGAAUUGAUUGAUCUUAAACUGGAAAGGGUUAAUGCUCAAAUUUUGGUAAUUCUGCUCAUUUAAACUUAGACUCAUUGGGAAUUUGUGUUCUAAUUGUUAAAUAAUGAGCUAACAGUUGAAAUACAAUGGUACUAUGCACUACGCAUAAUCUCAUUCAUAAGUUAGGAAAACCCUACUCUUUUAGAGAGACAAUAAGACAAGUUAAUCUAACUGUAUCGUCAUCUUGAGUACCCGUAUGUAGCGUAACUCGUAAUAGAGAUGAUGGUCAGUCUCAAAAACAAAUACUAAGAAUCAUUUCUCUGUAAAGGCAUCUAAGAAUUCGAUUAAUUAACGGAAUUACAAGCAAUUAACUUCACUUAAAUCAUACAUGAACUCUUUACAAAAAUCAAAAAAUAGGACUUGAUUGAAUUCAUAAUAACCAGUUAAAUUUUAACUAAAAUGUUUGAAGUUAUUUAAUUAACUAACAAAAUAGUCGCCAAAAAUGCUGCUCACAUAAUUUCUAUCAUCUCUAACCAUUACUCAACUGAAUUGCAAAAUUUAGAUUUAGAGGAAGACGAGUCGGAAUAAAUUACUUCUUAGUUUCAAUCUACUUUAUUUUACUAGGUCAUCAAAUAAAAUUUACACAUUAUCAAUAAUUUAAUCAAAGAUCAUUGUGAUCACAAUUAAAAAAUUACUCAAUUAAUUAUCAAAUUAAUCGAGAUUGUUGAUAAUUUAGUUAGAAUUACAGAUGUCUCCUUAUGGGAAUCUAUGCAUUAAGCUCAAAUCUUUAUAUCAAUCAUAAGAUUAUGCAAUGUUUAUCCAAAAUCAGACAUUCUCUCCUCUUAAGUUGAAAGAAUAGUGUUUUAUAUUUUUGAAAGAGCCUUGAAUGAUUAUCAUCCUUUUUGGGCAUUUUAAUUCAUUAAGGUUUAUAAAAUCUAAAACAAUACUAACUCGAUGUUUAAUAGAUAGGUAUUUGCAUUUGAAUAGGAAUUGAAUGCAAAAAUCACAAAAGAAUUGGAUUAUAUAACAUAUGAUACUUAGAUUUUAGAAAUUAAUUCGGAGUUAGAGCAAUCUAAAAUUUGGGGAAGAACUAAAUGGGAAUUGAAGGUGUAACAAUGUGAGAAUUAAAAGAAAUUGGGUUCAUAAAUGUAAAUCAAUGCAGAAGAAACUAAAUUGAUUGAAAUCAAUAACAUUAACAUUCAAAAUGUAAGUUUGGAUACUGCAGAAGAAAAGAAAGGAGAAGAUGAGAACAAAGAGGAGGUUUAAUAGAUGGAAGUAGCAUAACACAAUCAGGAAUAACAACACGAAGAGGAGCAAAAACAGAAUAUGAAUGAAAGUGAUGAAUUAAAGGAAAAUACCAAAGAAGUCGAUUUAGCUAUUCUUAGUGAAUCAGAUUCGUCCUCAUCUUCGAAUGAUUCUAAUGAAGAGAAUUAGUUGAAGAAUGAUAUUUAGAUUAAAAAUGAAACUCCUAUUUUAAUUGUUUCGACAAAUGUGGAAUAUAAGAACCGAAAAAAUAGAUUAAACUUAGACUAAAUAGAGAAGCUGAGGAAGAAGUCGAUUUAGUUUGAAAAGAUUUCAUAACAAAUGACUUAGGCUGGGAGAAGACUUUCAUUGUAGGCAGGUCUAAAUAUAAAGGAACUUAGUCCAACUUAUUUAGAAUUUAAACUUGAUUUAGAGAAUAAGGUGCUUCGUAACAUAAAUGACAAUUCAAUAUUAAAAGUAGAUGAAAUGGAUUCAAGUAUCAAUCAAUGA